UCAGCUGUUCGAUAUCAUCCUAAUUUUUCCAGCACUGUCUACACAGUGUUAGAAAACCGAAAUACUUAUCGUGGCUUGAAAAAGAUAAAAUAAAAUAAUAAAUGUUGGCAAUUUCAUAGAUUAAAUUAAAAAUCCGCCAAAAUGACUUGUGGAGUAUGUCGUGGACGCACAGACAAUGGUAUAAAGUGUCUCAUAGCGGCGCUGGAUACGAUCAAAGAGCACGCCUUAAUGAUGCAGCGUGAGGCGGAGGAGAAUGCCAAGACUAUUGGAAACCUGCAAACUCAUAAUGAAACGCUGCAAGCUCAUAAUGAAAAGCUGCACAGGGCUGUGGAUCUCCUAAAGGAACGUCAGGCCGUUCUCCAUGAUGACAAGCGACGUAAACUGUCGCCCAAGAAAUCGAAGGAAGAUAUUUCACCACUUCCGCAAAGCCAGAGUUCACUGAACAUGAAUAUAGCGCUCAACAGCAUAGAGCUCUCUGACGAAGAACCAGAAGAGCAGGAGGAAGACGAAAGCAUAGCGGAAACAGAGGCUCUGUCCACUGGCAGUCCUCGCAAGCUCUGCAAGCGGCUGCCUCAUCGCAAGCCUGAUGUUAGGAAUUUGGAGAAUGUGCAGCCCAACAUCGUGACUAAUGUGAACGAAACCUGGCUACGGAAGACCCCCAAGAUGGUGACAAAGCUGUCACUGACGCACAGAGGUAGCAGCCAACAAUUAAAGCAGACUCGACUCAAAUUUGAUGGUAGCAAGGCCAGUGGCAGCGACAAAGAUGUGAUAAAGGACAGUCCCAACCCAAGCCCCGCUUCGAAACGUGCCCCAGCCUCAAGCUCUUUGCUGCAAAGAACCGACACAGGCAACGCCUUAAACGAAGACAACUGCCUUUUGAGCAGGAGCAACAUCAAAAACGUCGACCCUAGCUUUGACAUGGUUGUAGAUGAGUACAAUGUGAUCGGCAGUCCGCCUGUCGCCAGUCUUAAACUACCAGUAAUGCCGCCACCUGUGACACCUCCACGCCUGAAGAUGAACAGCUCAAGCGAGAGCGUGGUCAUGCUCACUCCUGCCACACAGGACAUAAUUUUUGUGAAUGAUAGCAGCGAAGAUAUCAACAAAAUUGGCACAAUGGAUGUUCUAGCUGAAAUUAUGAAGGACGACGACGAUGCCUGCUCGUCUGCUUUGCUGCAGUACGAGCAGAUAUUGAUGGACCAACAGAAACAGAUUCAAACCAAACCACAAACAGUUCAGUUGGCUCUUCCAUCAGCCAGAACCAUUAAAAAUGAACCAAUAACACAGCAAAUAGAAGGUCAAGGCAAUGAAUCAACACGACUUUCUGCAGAUAUUGAAAAAUAUAUGAUGGAGGAAGACAGCAAGGAAUCUGAGGACGAGAUUCCACGACCCAUAAUAGUAAAAGAGGAACCCCAAUUGACAACAAAAGAGCGGUUCAACAUAGAAUGCGAGGAGUGCGAAAAGUUUAUCAACUUUAUGGGCUUCCAUCUGAAUGAUGAAAAGAUCAAACUCUAUUUGAGUAAAUGCAAACACUACAAUGAACAAACAUCGUCGCCGCCGGGCUUCUGGAAUCCCCACAUGGUUUCCUUUGCCGAAGACGAUCCACGCAAUGAGGUCUUAAUCGACACACGCUUUAGAGACCAGCGACUAAAAAAAUAACACUGGAUGCAUUCCGUUGAAUUAUCUGUAUAAUUCAAUAUAUUUUUAGGUAUCAUUAGAUAUUCUCAUAAUUUACAAAUUGCCGCGCUUCUCCUGCUCAAUCUCGAUGGCCGUGAACAAGGACUUGAAGUUGCCGGCUCCAAAGCCCUAAAACGAUUGAUUGGGUUAGAAACAAAUUGCUCUUAGAAUUAUUAAAUCAAUAGUCUUACAUUAUGAUUGUGGCGUUGAAUGACCUCCAGGAAGAGGGUGGGUCUAUCCUGGCAGUUCUUGGUGAAAAUCUGCA